AUGUCUCAUCAUAGGUUAUUAUUAUCGAUAUGUCUGACAAUAUUCUUAUUACAAAUAUCAUAUCUUCAUUGCAUUUCAAUAAAUUCUGAUAUAAAUAGUCAUUUGAUUGAUGAACAUUAUGAUACUCAAAAUAUAAAAAAUCCUCUACUUCAUCUAUUUAAAAAUACUCUUGAUGAACCAAACCCAUACAAACAAACAUUUUUAUUAAAUCAAUUACGUGAAUAUCUCAAUCGUAUGUGUGUUUUCGGUUAUUUUGGAUCAUCACGUGCUCAUGCAUGCCAAGGAAUAGCUGAUAUUAUUUAUCAACUUGAUAGAAAACAAGAAAAUAAUAUUAAAUUUACUGAUGAUCAUACAAACAAUGAAAACCAUAGUAUACAAAAACGUUUCUUUUGUAAUGGUUUUAUUGGUUGUAAAAAAGUUGGUCGAUGA